AUGUCUCCAUCACCCAAAUUUCACCCAACAAAAGCUUUAGCUCAGGCUCUUGAUGAAGCCACAGCUAGAAAGCCAACAAAUCCUCCAAGAAACCUUGAAACACUGACUCUAGGCUGUAAAGUCAGCUUCGUGUUGCUAUUUCCUCGCUACGAUCUCGUCAACGCUGACAUUGAAAGCACAGCUAAGGAUAUCGUUCGUGACGCUCUCGUAAAUACGACCUUCCAGGACACCGAAUGUGCUUAUUGCAGCGGACCACAUGAGUAUAAGCUUCCUGUAUCAACACAAGAUCGAGGCGACAAGUCACGAAACAGGUACUGGCAGAUAGAUAUUGACCCUGAUGCUCACCUCCAUGACGAUGAAUUUGAGGCUCUGACAGAAAGAUACUAUGUUGUCGGUCUCCAGGCCGUCAGUCGUAUCUUCAAGUUUCACAACAAAACCAACUGUCCUGGAGACAAGUUCGCAAGCCCCAUCGACGGAAAUUGGAUCUAUCACAACCACCACGAAAGACGUGCUCAGCACCACUGGUCUGUCGAAUUGAAAGCUGUGAACGAUGCACUAAAGACGCUAGCCAAGAAGCCGAACUACAGAGUCCUAACCAAUGAGUUUACAAACUUCAAAGUUUACGUCGGAAACAAUCAUCACGGUGUUCACAUGGAUGUUGCCAGAAGCCUGAUGGCCAUCUUCACUGCCUUCGAAAGACAACUCGAUGCUAUCAACAUGACACCAAGAAUUGGCGGUGGUGUGAGAGGCGAGCCAGCCCCGAUGGCUAGCAAGCCCAAGCUCUAUGGAUACGUCUCGGAUGACAAGAACACCAUACAAGAGGAGGCCGGAGAGGCGUGCAAGCCUAUGUCAAGCAUCAACAUGGCUUAUCUGAAGCUCCAGAAAAUCACCACCGGCUACGACGUCAGGACUUUCUUGCGACUCUAUCUUAAGGGAGAGCUCAAUAGGAUCCAGCUGCAGAAGAUCAUUGACAACGAGCUUAUCUCACACCAAAACACUGCCCUGGAUGUCUCUCGCGUUUGGGACGAGAAUCUCAUCGCAUACAAUCCCGAGUACGUCAGUCACUGUAUGAAAAAGCCCACAAUAGUGUUUCGUUCCCACGCUAGUACUCUCGACCCCAACGAACAGGUGGCUUGGAUAGACUUAUGCUGCAUCCUUACCGAGCUUUGUUAUGAGAAAGAUCUUCAUCACAUCCAUAACUGGACGAGGAAGCGUUGGGAUCAACCUCACAACCAGUACACCAUUCUCUCAAUUUUGCAUCAUGUCGGUGGCUACCACAAAGAUACCUUCGCUCACUACAAAAAUGUCUCCGUGCCCGUCAAAGACCUCAAGUCCACGAUUGAGCAACCGCAUAUAUCAAAUAUCGCGGCUGAGCUGCAAGCCGAAUGUGCUCAUUUCGAUCCUUUGAAAGAGAGCAGGGUGCCUGCAACCUUGAUCCUCAACAACGCCGACUACAGAAGGGCAGCGAACGUGAGAGACAAGGUCAGGCACAAGUUUGAUCUCGGCCUCUACGGUAAGUUUCCCAUGAAUACUGUGAUCGAGUACGUUCGAGACCAUCAUGAGAAGAAGGCGUUCUUCACAAGUGAUUGGAGAGAUCUCAUCCUUCAUACGACGUAG